AUGCGUCGCCGCGCGGCGCUCGCGCGGGCGAGUCGGACGUUCGAGGUACGACGAGGGGUUGGCGUCGUCGAGACGGCGAAUGGGGUGACGCUGGAAUCUACGGAUGGUAUCUCUCGCGGUGAGACGGUCGUGAUGGCGCCGUUUGGAUCUUGGGCGACGCGAAGCGCCGCGUUCGCUGAAUCGAAUGGACCGCGCGCGUUCUUGGCGACGUUCGGCGAGCGCACGGUUCGCGAGACGGUCGCGUUGGCGAUGUCCUUGCUCAACGAACGGAAGAACGCCCCGGAUGAUUCGUCGGCGUACGCGCGGACGCUUCCUGAGACAUUCGAUUUCGUCGACGCGUGCCUGACCGAGAGGCACCUCACGGCGUUGGACGGAACGGUAACCGCCGCGAGGUUGAGAAAACGUGGCGAUUUCGUGCGCGCACUCGCCUCGUCGACGGGGUUGAUGGUGAAGGACGUGUCGUGGGCGAUCGGUGCGGUCUCCUCGCACGCGAUGAAGAGUGAAAUCGUACCGUACGCGCUCGUGCCUGGAUGCGACUUGCUCGAUCACUCGACAACACCGAACUGCGUGGUGAGAAGAGACGAGACGACGAACGACGUAUUCUGUGCGUCCACAAGAGACGUGGCCCCGGGUGAGAAGUUGACGAUAAGUUACGGCAAGUCACUUUGCAACGAUAGGGCGCUGCGAAUGUACGGAUUCGCGUCUCGCGAGCUCUACUCAAACGACGCGAGAGUGUUGCCUGGUGGAUUUCGAGGCGUGCAUCCUAGCAACGAGGCGUUCGACGCCUCGGUAGACGAGAGUGAGAAGGUAUUCGGUGGGCGAAAGGCUGCGUUGGACGCCUGGAGAUCGGAGAAGGACACUUUUGAAGACGCCGACGUCGCCGACGGCGACGCAGAGUGGUUUCGAGCCGCGACGACACUGAGACGCGGACAAACAGAAAUUAUCGAAGCGUACAUUCGCGCGCUCGAGUGA